AUGAACCCGUCUUCUGCGACGACGUUCGCGCGUGCCUGUGCCUGCGCCUGCGCCGGUCGGGCAAGACCUACUGCACCGCAGAGCCUGCUGCUCGUCCUGCGGACGCAGUCGACAGCACCGUCACUGGUCGCCAGUCGAGGAACGAAUCGCCAUCUUUCGUCGCGAUGCCGCAAAGUCCCUGUACAGCAGCAGCAGCAGCAGCAACGAACGUUCUCUUCAACAUGUCUCCUACACCGAGCACAGCCUAUCACUGACCUGCCGCCGCCGGCAUCUUCGGAGGGACUCGACGCCUCGAUGAUCCUGGGCAAAUCAAGCGGUGACGGAUCAAACAUUGCCCCGAGCAUACUCUCACGCGCAUCGACGGAUCCUGACUCGAAAGGAUCGUCUUCUACCUCUGUCCCUCAACGCUCAUCACAAUCACCACCCACUCCACCACCCUCGUUGCAAAAUGAGAAAACCACAACCUCGUCAUCGUCGUCGUGGGAUCCCUCGCUGAUCUACCCUUCUUCCUCCUCCUCACACGAAAUCGCCGCCCGGGAUGCCGCCUUCUUAUCUACAUCGCCUACGCUGGUGGGGACCGUGUCCAGGGUGGGGACGAUGCAAAAGACAGUGCGGGUGACGCGCCAGAUCCAGGUGUGGCACGCGCAUUUCCAGAAACACUACACGCGCCCGACGCACAGCCUAGUCCACGACCCGCACAACCUGCUCCUGGAGGGGGACGUGAUCAGGUUCGGCGCGUUUCCCCCGUCGAUGAGGGAAGAGCGCGACCGCCGCGGACAGGUGGUGGUCAAGAGACAUCGGCCGCGCGACCGCAACGGGGUGGUCAAGGAACAGGGGGUGCGGUACAUUGUGCGCGAGGUCAUCAGCCCCUUUGGCGUGCCCCUCGAGCAGAGACAGCCGCGGGCCGUAGGGAGCGACAAGGGCAGAUGGCUCGGCACCGAGGGCGAGAUGAAGAAGCUGGCAUUGAGGCAGAAGGGGAGACGGGAUGGCAAAGGCGCCAGCGCCAGCACCACCAGCACCAGCACCAGCAGGACAAGCCGGGCGAAAGCAGGGGCAGUGAAAGGGAGAGGGGGAUCGGCAGCGAACCCGGUGCCCGCGUAA